AUGGGUAUCAUUGAACUUUUUCUGGAGCACCUCUCUGUCAAGGGACUCUUGGUUUUCAUCAGCGCCAGCUUAGUUCUCUACAGGAUUGUCAGCGCUGUCAAUAAGAGGCAACGAUUAGGUCGUCUACCUGGUGCUCCAGCCCCUCGGUUCAAGGAUAAAUGGCCUUUGGGUCUCGGUGUUGUCGCAGGUCAAGUAGAUGCGACCAUCAACCACAAAAAUCUCGAAAACUGGUAUCAUCUGAUGAAAGAUGUCCCUGGCAACACCGCCGAAACCAAUGUAGUCGGGCGCCGCUUAGUGUUCACUUCCGAUCCUGAGAACAUCAAGGCUAUAUUAGCCGCACAGUUCGCCGACUAUGGUAAAGGCGCACCAUUCCACCGUGAUUGGUCCGAAUUCUUGGGUGAUAGUAUCUUCACUACUGACGGGCAGAAGUGGCAUGACAGCAGACAGCUGAUCCGACCGCAGUUUGUCAAGGAGCGUAUUAGUGACCUGGAUUGCUUCGAGUCGCAUCUUGAUACCCUGUUCAGGGCUAUUGCCAAUGGGCAAGCGCUCAGCAGCGUAGGGCAGCACGUCGACAUCGAAGCUGGGAACGGAAAGACAGUGGAAAUCAGCGACCUCUUUUUCAGAUAUACAUUGGAUGUUGCGACAGACUUUUUACUAGGUCUAGACGUUCAGUCUCUCACUACGCCACGUCAGGAAUUCGCCGAUGCCUUCAAUGAGGUGCAAAGAGUACAAAACAUCAAAGCAAGGGCCGGUCCUCUCCAGGCUCUUGUGCCUUCAAAGACGUUCCGUGCCGGCCUCAAAGUUAUCAACAAGCUUUGCGAGACCUAUAUUGAUCGGGCAUUGCGACUAAGCCCUGAAGAGCUCGCCAGCAAGACCAAAUCGGAUGAAGGGUACACCUUUUUGCAUGAACUCGCCUCCUUCACUCGCGAUCGCACCGUAAUUCGCGAUCAGCUCGUUGCCGUUCUGCUCGCUGGCCGGGACACGACCGCUGCAACUCUGUCCUGGACCAUCUACGAGCUUGCGCGUCACCCAGAAUGUGUCCGCAAGCUCCGCGAUGAGAUCAUCGACCAAGUCGGCCUCGAGCGUGCGCCCACCUACCACGAUCUCAAGAGCAUGAAAUACCUCCAGAACGUCAUGAACGAGACCCUACGUCUUUACCCCGUCGUGCCCUUCAAUGUGCGUCUUGCUCUCAAGGACUGCACUCUGCCUCGUGGCGGUGGUCCGGAUGGCACCCAGCCCAUCCCGGUUCUGAAGGAUACGCCCAUCGGUUACAGUACCAUCGCCAUGCAGCGUGACGAGUCGCUCUACCCGCCACCCAGCGAGAAGUUCAAGCCAGUCCUGGAGUACAGCCCUGAACGGUGGUACAACUGGCAGCCGAAGCCAUGGCAGUACAUCCCAUUCAACGGUGGCCCGCGUAUCUGUAUUGGACAGCAGUUUGCGCUUACAGAGAUGGGAUAUGUGCUUGUAAGGUUGUUCCAGAGGUUCGAAAGGGUCGAGAGUUUCAUGCAGCAGGUUGAUGGUGGAAACCCGAGGCUGAAGGCCGAGAUCGUGUUACAGCCUGCUGACGGCGUAAAAGUCGCUUUCUGGCAGGCUAAGAAAUAA